AGCACCGGCCCAGGGUUCGCCCGCUGGCUCUUCGAGGGAGUCGGUCGGCUCGGCGCACGUCUACGGCCAUCGAGGAUCUGCGGCCCCACUGAUUCCGUCAAAGAAAGACGUUUCCAGGCCGAAGUUGCGAAACAGCGGUUCUGAAAUGGGGGCUGCAGUUUCUGCCGACAAGUCUACGAAAGUCUCCAAGCCAAAGCCCUUCGAUUUCCUGCCGUGGUGCUUGUGCUCCAAAGGGAGCACUGGGCGCUCAAGCCUGCCGUACGGAAAGCCGCGUCAACGACCGCGACUGCCGGCUGUGGCCGAGGAGGCAUCGAGGCGCAACUCGACUGACAUCGGGACACCCGAGGGUGAACUGGGCUUCCUGCAGCACCUGUGCCUGUGUGCAGUGUGCCGCGCCCAGAUGCAGUCCUGUCAGCUUUUAGCGCAGCUCGUGAGUGAAGCCCAAGGCGCUGCCGGCCCUCUUGCAGCAAUACAGUCGCCUCUGGGGUUCGGCUUGUACCGCAGCCGUAGGCCGGCGCGGCUGUCCGAGCCGGCGCCAGCGUUGGACAGCCCUCCGUCCGAUGAGCUGCACGACUCGUUCGAGAGCGGGAUCCGCGACGAGUUCAGCUUUCUGCGGGAGCCCGAGUCCGAGGACUCCACCUUCUACGACGACGACGUCUACCCCGUCUAUCUCCCCGAGCAAGCGGCCAAGGAGAUGAGCUCCGAACUGCGCUUAGAGCUGUGA